AAAUUUUGGCUGCUUUCGUCACAUUAGAAUUUUGCUCUUUACACCAAUGAAUGAUAUAGACGACGUAACUCAAAAUAGUUCAAUUAACAUCCAACUUUCCGUUGAAAAUGAGGUUUUUAUCAAGGUACCUCAAAGUGAACCACGCUGCUCUGCAAAAGUAGUAGUUCAAUCUGCUAGUGGAAGCGAAGCUCGUGUGGAGUGCCUAGGAGCACCUCUAUUUGUGGACGUUUCUUAUUACUUAAUUCCUGGUGAACAGGUAGCACUAUUUUCUUGGACUAAUGCGGUUAUUUUAAUUGAAGGCUCUGAUUUAUUACUAAGGAAUGUGUUUCGAACUUCAAUACGAUCUUUAAACAGAGCCAUAAUAGAAUACCAUUCUUUUCUCCAUGAAGUGCGAGCCGAAUCGGAAAAAAGCCUCAUUGAGGGCCCUAUUACACUACUCUGUGGUAGAGAUGAUUCAAUAAAACUGAGUACAGCGAAAACAUUAUGUAACUAUGCGACAAGGACAGGUUGGAAGCCAUUACUUGUUGACUUAGAUUGCAGACGAUCACCAAUAUUAGGGAUUCCUGGUUCAGUUAGUGCUUCAGUUGUUGAAUUUCCUAUAACAUUGGACGAAGUAUUUUCACAUACUCAUGUUUCCAUUACAUUUUUUGUCGGGACAACUGAGCCGCAACAUCAAGCCGAGGAUAAAAUGCUGUCUCCAUCAUAUGUUCAUUAUUCGCGCUUUCUUUUGAGUUGCUGUAAUGAUCGCCUCACGAAACAUCAAUCCAAUAUUUUUGGAUGGAGUGGAAUGAUUGUUAUAGUACCCGAGCUGAUGGACAACGCUGCUGUUAAUUUUAUUACAGAUAUUGUUGAGGCCCAUAAUGUCAGCCACAUAUUGACAUUUGGUGAUGAUUAUCUUUUUCACAAACUUCACAUACAGUACUUAACAAGAGUGGGAUUGCAUGGAAGAAGCAAAGUACAAGUUGAUCGCAUUUCUAAGGGGCAUUCUCACAUCCCUCUUCCACCGCUAGAGCAAAUGCUACCAGGUAUUUUUCAUAGCUAUUUUCAUGGUUCCGGUCCAAUUAUUUUUCAACCAUCUCAAUGGUUGAAGUCCUUUGAAACCAUCGAAAUUCUUCGCUUCAAGGAGAGUACUGAUCAGGUUCAGUUAAUUACUGUUGAAAAAGAUGAACUUCAGGGGAUUGUUGGUUGCAUUGGCGCAUUAUUUCAUUUUGACAAGAUUGGUACUCCUCUUAAUUCCGUUCCAUUUGCCUAUGUGAGGGUACAUUCGAUUGAACCUACUGGAGUGUUUCUUUUAACUACUACCCCAUUUACUUUCCCGUCGGACCGCUUAACCCUCGUGAUAGGAACCGUACGUUGGAUCACAAGUACCUAACAAAAGCAAUAUAUUUGAGAGUAAGUACAUAUGCACAUUUUAUAACUUAGAAA